CAGCUGCUCCGUCGCUCUCGGGGUUUGACAGAUGGAGUUGGUUUGACUCGGAGUCAGGGCUCAUAACAUUAAAGGGGAAAAUAGGAAGAAAUUCAAAUUUUUAUCUGCAAUGAGAGGUGAACAGACAGAAAAUGGAGAAAACUCAACGAACUCGCAGAGCGAAAUGCUGAUCAACCAACUGAGGGAGAUCACUGGCAUCCAGGACCCACAGAUUCUCUACAAAGCCUUGAAUGCCAGUCAGGGUGACGUUGGACAUGCUGUGGGGCUGUUGACAACCCAGCCUGCAGAGGUUCAGGACCCUGGAGAACCACAACCUUUAGAGACCUCUGCAGAAGCCUGGGAGGCCCAGAAAGACCUUCCUAAAGAUGAGCUGCAGACAGCCAUAGAACUCAGCCUGCAGGAGUCCCACAAUGCCCAGGAGGAAGAGAGAGAAUUUAACAGGGCUCUGGAGGCAAGCGCUGAGGAGAAUGCAGCGAGAAUGAAGAGGAAGAGAUGUGAAGGCCAGAGUGAGAUGUGCAGCCCUGCAGACUGGAUCCGUCAGGACAACUGGCCCGUGGGCAUUCGAAAUGUUGGAAACACCUGCUGGUUCAGCGCUGUCAUCCAGUCUUUGUUUCACCUGCCUGUAUUCAGGAGGUUGGUUCUCAACUACCAUCUGUCUGAGCGAGUCCUGGAGAAGUGUAAGAGCCAUGCUGACAAGAGGAACAUAGCUUUCAUGCAGGAGCUGCGCUGCCUGUUUGCCCUUAUGGUGGGCUCCACACGCAGGUUUGUGGAUCCUUCUGCAGCUGUGGAGUUACUGCGAGAUGCCUUCAGGACCAGCGAAGCCCAACAGGAUGUCAGUGAGUUUUCGCACAAACUUCUGGACUGGUUAGAGGAUGCAUUUCAGCUGGCUGCCAAAGGAAAUAAUGCAGAAGACAAACAACAUAACCCCAUGGUUCAGCUUUUCUAUGGUACCUUUGUGACAGAAAGAAAACACGAAGGUAAAACUUUGUGUAACAUUGAGCAGUUUGGGCAGUACCCUUUGCAAGUCAACGGUUUCAACAACCUGGAUGAAUGUCUAGAAGGUGCUAUGGUGGAGAAGGAGAUUGAGUCAUUACAUUCAGAUCACAGUGUCACAUCCGGCCGAGAGAGAUGGUUCAAAAAGUUACCACCAGUCUUGACAUUUGAACUGUCGAGAUUUGAAUUCAACACUCAGCUUGGGCGUCCUGAAAAGAUACACAAGAAACUGGAGUUCCCUCAAAUUAUUUAUAUGGACAGAUAUCUUCACAAAAACAUAGAACAAACUCAUGAGCGGAGAACUGAAGUGAAAAAACUCAAAGAGCAGCUUGCAGCCCUUACACAGAAACUUGAGUGCUACAAAAACUAUGGUUCAGGACCUACCAAGUAUCCUUUGGCUGACAUGCUGCAAUUUGUUCUGGAGUUUGCAACCACCAAGCCUUCAAGUGUUUCUCCAGCUGAAGAUCUGAGACCAACUUCACCUUUACUGUCUACAAACCACCCCCUCAGUGAGCCCAUCUUCAAAGACAACAGUGAAUCUGGAGACACAGACUCUGCAGAUGGCCUUGUUUCUGGUGUUUCAAGUUGCCAGCGGACCCCCAUAUACAAGCCUUUUACCCAGUGUAAACACCCAAUUGACUGCCCGCCACACCCAGCCCCUCAUAGCAUCACAGAAGAAGAGCUGCACUUUGUAAAGACCUGCCUGCAACGAUGGAGGACUGAAGUAGAGAAUGACAUCAAUGAGCUAAAGGCCAGCAUCGACAAGCUCACUCAGUUGCUGGAGGGUAUGUACUCAGACAACAGCCUGUGCCAGGUUCCCUACAGACUCCACGCAGUGCUGGUCCAUGAAGGCCAAGCGUCAGCAGGUCAUUACUGGGCCUAUAUCUACGACCAUGCCAACAAGCGCUGGAUGAAGUACAAUGACAUAAGCAUCACUGAGUCAUCAUGGGAGGAGCUGGAGAGAGACUCCUUUGGUGGGAUGACCAACGCUAGCGCUUACUGUCUGAUGUACAUCGAUGACAGGCUACCCCAGCUUAUUACAGAUGACACGGAUGAUGAAACAGGCCAGGUGCUGCAUGGCAUGGACUCGCUACCACCCAUUCUUAGACGUUUUGUCCAUGAAGAUAACCGCUGGUUCCAGCAGGAGCUCAGCGAAUGGGAGGAGCAGUUCUGUCAGACCGCUGCUCCUCAGGGAGAGUCCACAGCACCCGCAGAGCCCACAAACCCAAAUACAGAAAAUACAGAACAGACACCAGUGGAGCCCGUACCCCAGUCAGGACCAGCCACUGAAGAGGUGAAAGAGCAAGGCUCUACUUCAGAACCACAACCACAACCAGAAGCUGAGAAGGAGCCAGAGCCUGAGUCCAGAGAGAAACCUGAAGAAGAAUCAGAGACAACACCUCCAUCUCUUCCACCACCACAGACCCCUGGCUGCCAGACAGACGACACCAGAAGCACAGCAGUCACUGACACCCUGGGACCCAGCCAGAGCUCCAGCACAGCUGAGAAAGAGCUUCAGAGUCAGACCCCUGUGCUUGAGGCAGAGCUCAACAACCAGACACCAUCUGAAACCCAUGAGAAAAAGGACGAUUUGCAAGUGUCAGACUGUAGUCCCAUGGCUGAAGGAGAGCCAGAAGCUUCUGGAGAAGCCCCUGAACCUGAGGAGAAGCAGGAGGAAGAGCAGGACCAGCAGCAGGGGGAGGAGGUCCAGCCAGUUAGACAGCGACAGCCUGAGAAUGAGGUCUCAGAGGUGGAUAUCCCCAACGUGGGCAGGAUCAUGGUGAGAGCUGAUGCCGAUGGAUACAAUGAAGAGAUGAUGCUGACUCCAGCAAUGCAGGGUGUCAUUCUGGCCAUCGCCAAGGCCAGACAAAUAUUUGAUAAGGAGGGACCUGAGGCUGGCCUCAUCAAGGCCUUCCAUGAGGAGUAUUCCCGCUUGUAUGAGCUCUCCCAGGAGGAGACUACGCCCCAGGAGGACGUCCGUCUGCAGCACUGUCUAGUUUACUUCUUCCAGAACAAAGCACCAAAACGUGUCAUUGAGAGGACACUGCUGGAACAGUUUACUGACCGCAACCUGAGCUUUGAUGAGAGGGCCAUCAGUAUCAUGAGGGAAGCAAGAGCCAAACUGCGCCUGAUCAAGCCAGAGGACAUGGACAUGGAUGAGUACCUGCAGUGGCAUGAUGACUACAGGCUCUUCAGGACGGUGUUUGUCUACCUGUUGACAGGACUGGAGCAUUACCAGAAUGGGAAGAUGAGAGAAGCACUGACUUACCUGGCUCAUGCAUAUGAGACCAACAUCACGCUGCUGAAGAACGGAGAGAAGCGAGGCAUCGACAAGUCUCUUAUUGCAGUUUACAGGAGGAAAUGUCUCACCGUAUUGAAUGAAAGUGCAUCAAAGAUGUUCUGCAGCGGAGAGGAGACCAGUGUGGAGGAGGGCAUCUCCAUCAUGGACGAGGCCGUCAUCCCCUGCCUUCACUUGAUGAGCCGAGACAUGUCUUUAUCUCAGGAGGACCGGGACGCAAUGGAGAACAUCCGCAGCCACUGGUGCUGCUGUCUGGGCCAGGACAUGGAUGCCUCAUUACAGAUAAAGCUGGGUGAGUUUCUGCCCAGGGUUCUGGAUGGUUCAGCUGAGACCGUAGUUCUUAAAGACCCACCAAAAGUCCAUGUCAACCAGGCUCACGACUUGUGUAGUCGCCUGGCUGCUGUCAUGGAGUCCAUCCACAACACCUCAGUGGUCAUUGUGAAGUAAAGCCCAGAGUGAGACCCUCAACAACCUCCUUAAACUGUGCGUCUCACCUGCUAGCAACCUUACUGAUGGAUUUCCCUAUGUGGACACACUGUGGGGUGGAGACAGAGGGUGGAUUUCCAUUUACCAAAUUCUUUAUUGAUUUUAUUCCCUGUUUUAGUCUUGUACAUGCAAAUCAUUUUAAUGUUAUACCAGAAAACAGCACGCACUCUUUACAGCUGAAUAGAUCCGUUUUAACAAUUCUAUUCAGGGCACACUCACACUAGGCCCAGUUUCCCAAUACCCCAUACCAUGGCUCUAAGCACAGACGUGUCCUCCCUUCAUUUGUAUGACGCACCCUCUCACAGAGUUGGCAUAGACAACAUGACUUUACUCACUUUAGGAUUUAUUUUGAAUUGUAUUGUAAGAGACAUCCCCUCACACUCUACCAUUGUUAAAACUGGUUGGGAGAGGAAUGGUUAUAGAGAAUGAUUACAAGUCACUUGCAUGAUGCACACCUGUGCUUGUACUGUGCUGAAGCCCACCUCCUCCAUCCUUGGCCCAUGCCAGGGCCAAGGAAGUAUACAUUAAACAGAGGUGGAGAAAAGCAUUUAAUCACAUUACUGUAAUUAAGUAGCUUUUUUGUGUACUUGUACUUUUUCGAGCCAUUUUUAAAAUCUGUAAUUUUACUUUUACUUUCAUAUAUUUAGGAAAGCACUGAGCUCUUUAUGGCGCAGCACCAUCUGAUAUCAAAAGUACCUACUCAUUUUAGGAUGUCUGUACUUUGAGUGAACUUCAAUUGAAUUACAUUUUACAGAUUUAUACACCUGUUAUUUUACUUUUGCUAAAAUAAAUUUUAACCAAAGUACCUGUACUUUUACUUGAGAGCAAAAUUCUUGUAUUCCCUCCACCACUAACGGUACAAAGUACGCACACUGGUCAUCAAACUGGACUUUGGGACUCAGGUGUGCUUGGGCUCAAUACAGAUUGCCUCAAGUACCUUUUCAAUGCUCCAAGAUCAACCGAGCCUGAGCCUGGUUACCUCUUGUACAUACAAUACCUCAUCAUGUAGUCCAGCUAACUCUGAAUGUUCACGUCUGUCCAAUUUGGAGUAAACACUUGACCUCUGCAUUGGACCAGCAUAAGCCCUUUUCUGCCAUUGUUAAUAAAUAAUUGUUGAGAGGAACAGUGGCAUCCGCAAUAUGUCAUGUCCACAUUGUGCAGCUGCACUUGUGCAUGAGCAACCAAACUGUGCUGAAGCACACCUGUUCUAAAGAUGCCUAGGUCAAGGAAGUUUACCAGAGCAUGGUACAGAUUGCCUAGUGUGAGUGUGCCCUCAGUCAUCAUGGCCUUUGGCAGCAGCAAGUUAUGCAGGAGGCCAAAUAUGGUCACUCUUAACUGUUUUUUAUCUCUGCCCCUUUUGCAGCUUUUUCCCAACCAGAUUAGUAUCCCAAACACCUGAUUUAGAGCUUCUGCAUUUUACUUCCUUUCACUUUGGGGUUGCAGCUUGCCACCAUAAUGGCCAGUUUUUUUUAUCAAUAGUACAGAGAACUAUAGAGGUUCAACCAGCUUCUCAUACAUGUGCAUUUACAAACAUUCAGAGGGCAUCAGAAAAGCUUGAAGCAUUGACUAACACUUUUUCAAGUACAAACAUAGACAAACUUUAAUGGCCAUCAAACUCUUGAAACUGGGACUAACUAGACUGCCGCUCAAAUCCACAGAAAAUUGCCAGACUGGUUUUUGUGUUGCUAAGCAGUGUGAAUGCACAAUAGGGGAAAAACACUUGAUUUGUACUGCACAAUAUCAAACUAUUAAUGAGCUUUUUUAAAUAUAUGUUUUUUAUUUCUUUUUAUUUUCCUAUACAGAUUUUAGGAUGUUUUUACAUGUAGGUAAAGCUAGGAAUAAAGAUAUCUACUGAGCUAUUAUGCUGAAAAAUAUAAAUGUUAAGUGCAAUUUAAAACAAAGAACUACUGCACCAGCAAAUGCACAGGUCGCAGUUACUCUGUACACUGUUACCCUCUAUUAGAUAGUGGCAACUCUGCUUUGUACCAGUGUGACAGCACCUUGCUCUACAGAUGUGCCUUUUCUUGACUUUUGAGGGGCUCUUUAUAAAUCAUGCAGAUGCUUUUUAAGGGAAACAAGUAAACGGAAAUACUGCAGAGUAUCAUGAAUUAAUUCUCUGAUUUGGGAUUUUCAAGCCAGCGACAUGAAGCCACUCUGGUUGCCAACUCCUGCUGCUGAUUUCACAUUGCUAUAUCAUCUGUAAUCUUUGAUGACACUUAAUAAAAUAUUUUAAAUACUA